AAUGGACCUGUCAGUCUUCACGGUUCAUGAACUAAAGAAGGCUUGGAGCUACCAGACCGAACUUGCACAGCCUGAUAUCAAUGGGAAAAACACAUUGAUAUGUUCCCCCACAGGAUCUGGAAAAACUUUUGUGGCAUUUCUGAUUUGUGACCACCAUUUCCAAAACAUGCCCUCAGGAUGAAAGGCAGAAGUUGUCUUUCUUGCAACCAAAGUGUAUGAACAGAAAAUGGUAUUCAAGCAGCAUUUUGAAAGAAGUGGAUAUUCUGUUCAAGGAAUUAGUGGUGAAACAGUUGCAAAUGUCUCUGUAGAAAAGGUUGUACAGUCCAGUGACAUCAUUGUGCUAACACCCCAGAUUCUUGUGAAUAGCAUCAAGGAAGGGAUCCUUUGCUGCCUCUCCAUCUUCACUCUGAUGAUAUUUGAUGAGUGCCACAACACUACGGGUAACCACCCUUACAAUGUGUUAGUGACCAAGUACCUGGAACAAAAAUUUGACUCCUCUGCAAACCAGCUGCCUCAG